UUCCAGGGCUGGCCACUGGGGGUGGAGCUGUGCGGGAGCCUCCUUCUUUGGAGCGCUGAGUGCCCUGUGGUUUCAGAGCAGUUUCUUUCAGGGGAUUGGAAACGAGGACGAGAUGAGGAGCCGAAGUAAUUCUGGGGUCCGGCUGGACGGUUACGCUAGGCUAGUGCAUCAGACCAUCCUGUGUCAUCAGAACCCAGUGACCGGUUUGCUUCCAGCCAGCUUUGAGCAGAAAGAUGCCUGGGUCCGGGAUAAUGUGUACAGCAUCUUGGCAGUCUGGGGUUUGGGCCUGGCCUACCGGAAGAAUGCAGACCUGGAUGAGGAUAAGGCAAAGGCCUAUGAGUUGGAGCAGAGUGUAGUGAAGCUGAUGAGGGGACUGCUGUACUGCAUGAUCAGACAGGUGGAUAAAGUAGAAUCCUUCAAGUAUAGUCAGAGUACCAAGGAUAGCCUUCAUGCCAAGUAUAACACCAAAACUUGUGCCACAGUAGUGGGUGAUGACCAGUGGGGACACUUGCAGUUGGAUGCUACUUCCUUAUACCUGCUCUUCUUAGCGCAAAUGACUGCCUCAGGACUUCAUAUCAUCCAUACCUUAGAUGAAGUCAAUUUCAUACAGAACCUGGUGUUUUACAUUGAAGCCGCAUAUAAAACUGCUGACUUUGGGAUAUGGGAACGUGGAGACAAGACCAAUCAAGGUAUUUCAGAACUGAAUGCCAGUUCAGUUGGCAUGGCAAAGGCAGCCCUCGAAGCAUUAGAUGAACUUGACCUGUUUGGGGUGAAAGGUGGGCCCCAGUCAGUUAUCCAUGUCCUGGCUGAUGAAGUUCAACACUGUCAGUCUAUUCUUAAUUCUAUACUCCCCCGGGCUUCAACAUCUAAAGAGGUUGAUGCAAGUCUACUUUCAGUUAUUUCCUACCCAGCCUUUGCUGUAGAGGACAACCAGUUGGUAGAACUCACCAAACAGGAGAUUAUCACCAAGCUUCAGGGUCGUUAUGGUUGCUGUCGUUUUCUCCGAGAUGGAUAUAAAACUCCUAAAGAGGAUCCCAAUCGUCUGUACUAUGAACCAGCUGAACUGAAGUUAUUUGAAAAUAUUGAGUGUGAAUGGCCAUUGUUCUGGACAUACUUUAUCCUUGAUGGGAUCUUCAGUGGCAAUACUGAACAGGUUCAGGAGUAUAGAGAGGCUCUUGAAGCAGUGCUCAUCAAGGGCAAAAAUGGAGUUCUUCUUCUGCCAGAGCUGUACAGCGUUCCUUUUGACAAGGUUGAUGAAGAAUAUCAAAAUCCCCAUACUGUGGACCGAGUGCCCAUGGGCAAAUUGCCUCAUAUGUGGGGUCAAUCUCUGUACAUCUUAGGAAACUUGAUAGCAGAGGGAUUUUUAGCUCCUGGAGAAAUUGAUCCCCUGAAUCGUAGGUUCUCUACUGUACCAAAACCAGAUGUUGUGGUUCAAGUCUCUAUUCUAGCAGAGACAGAAGACAUAAAGUUAAUUUUGAAAGACAAGGGAAUCGAUGUGGAAACCAUUGCUGAAGUGUAUCCCAUCAGAGUACAGCCAGCUCGUAUUCUCAGUCACAUUUACUCCUGCCUAGGAUGCAACAGUAGAAUGAAACUCAGUGGUCGACCAUAUAGACACAUGGGAGUUCUUGGAACUUCAAAACUCUAUGACAUUCGGAAAACGAUCUUUACCUUCACUCCACAGUUUAUAGAUCAGCAACAGUUCUACCUGGCUCUGGACAACAAGAUGAUAGUGGAAAUGCUUAGAACUGACCUCUCCUACCUUUGUAGCCGCUGGAGGAUGACAGGCCAGCCCACCAUUACCUUCCCCAUCUCACACACCAUGCUUGAUGAUGAUGGAAUCAACUUGAAUUCAAGUAUCCUGGCAGCACUCCGAAAAAUGAAAGAUGGCUACUUUGGUGGGGCAAGGAUUCAAAUAGGUAAGCUGUCAGAGUUUUUAACAACAUCUUGCUGUGCACAUUUGAGUUUUAUGGACCCUGGGCCUGAAAGUAAGCUUUACAGUGGAGAUGAUGAAUACGACUACAAUGAACUAGAAUCUGAUGACUGGAUGAACAGCUGUGAUCCAACCAGUAAUGCUCGCUGUAGUGAUGAAGUUGCUCGUUAUAUAGAUCACAUUUUAGCACACACUACUCCCUAUCCUAAACAAGCCCCUGCUUUACGGAAGGAAAAGCUAGAUCGGUUCCGAAUUGCUGAACAACCAACGUGUGAUUUAAUGUCCUUGGUAACUGAGAGCCAGAAGCUGCAUGUACAGAAUGUUAACAAGUAUGUUCCUACAAAGAUAUUUCAAUAUUCAUGGCCUUCAUUCAACUUGCUUGAUACUCCUGAUUCCUCACCAGAGAACCAGGUUCCCUCUAUUCAUGUAGAACAACACCUUCCUAGGGACGAGUCUGGGGAGGUGGACUUCAAAACACUGGUUAUACAGCUGAAGGAGACUUCCAGCCUGCAGGAGCAAGCUGAUAUCCUCUACAUGCUAUAUACAACGAAAGGGCCUGACUGGGACACUGGGUUUUAUGAUGAACAAAGUGUGACAGUCAAAGAGCUACUUACUGAACUGUAUGGCAAAGUUGGGGAGAUUCGUCAUUGGGGUCUGAUUCGCUACAUCUCUGGAAUCUUAAGGAAGAAGGUGGAAGCACUUGAUGAGGCAUGCACAGACCUUCUCUCCCACCAGAAACAUCUGACAGUGGGACUGCCUCCAGAACCUCGAGAAAAGACCAUCUCUGCACCUCUGCCCUAUGAAAUGCUUACUCAACUGAUAGAUGAAGCCAGUGAAGGAGACAUGAGCAUUUCGAUUCUUACACAGGAAAUAAUGGUGUAUCUAGCCAUGUAUAUGCGGACUCAGCCUGGCCUCUUUGCUGAAAUGUUUCGACUUCGAAUUGGUCUGAUCAUACAAGUUAUGGCAACAGAAUUGGCCCACUCCCUUCGAUGCUCGGCCGAGGAAGCUACAGAGGGCCUGAUGAAUCUAAGUCCAUCAGCCAUGAAGGAUCUCUUACAUCAUAUUCUCAGCGGCAAAGAGUUUGGAGUGGAACGGAGUGUUUGUCCCACUGAUUCCACUAUCAGCCCUGCUAUUUCUAUCCAUGAGAUUGGUGCUGUUGGGGCAACCAAAACAGAACGAACUGGGAUCAUGCAGUUAAAAAGUGAGAUAAAGCAGGUGGAUUUCCGUAGACUGUCUGUCUCAACUGAGAGUCAGUCACCUGGAACCUCUGUGACUCCAAAUAGUGGGUCCUUUCUAAGUGUAUAUGGUCAAUUCACAUCUAAAGAUACUCGUCAAGGUCAGUGGCAGCGCCGAAGAAGGCUGGAUGGAGCUCUGAACAGAGUCCCAAUUGGAUUUUAUCAAAAAGUGUGGCAAGUUUUGCAGAAGUGUCACGGACUUUCUGUGGAAGGUUUUGUUCUUCCUUCUUCAACCACCAGAGAGAUGACACCAGGAGAGAUUAAAUUCUCUGUUCAGGUGGAGUCUGUACUGAAUCGUGUACCUCAGCCAGAGUACCGUCAACUUCUAGUUGAAGCCAUCCUUGUCCUUACUAUGUUGGCAGACAUUGAAAUUCAUAGUAUUGGAAGCAUCAUUGCUGUGGAAAAGAUCGUACAUAUUGCCAACGACUUGUUCCUUCAAGAACAGAAAACCCUCGGCGCAGAUGAUAUCAUGUUGGCAAAGGAUCCUGCAUCUGGCAUCUGUACUCUUCUGUAUGACAGUGCACCCAGUGGCAGGUUUGGCACCAUGACCUACCUCUCCAAGGCAGCUGCCACCUACGUGCAGGAAUUCCUGCCCCAAAGUCUAUGUGCCAUGCAAUGAGGCCUUUGAGCCCUGGCUGCUGGAGGGCUUUUGAAAGCUGGUCCCUGCCUUAGUUGAUUGUACAAGAAACUUAAAUGUGAUUACCUGAUCACUCCCACCCUGCCCCCUUUCCCCUCCCCCACCCACAAACUGUAUUGGUAAACUAGUUGCUUUAGAAGAAGUGAACUCUCACCUGGAAACUGAUGCUCACACAGGUGUUUCAGUACGGGCCUCCAUUUUUUUUAUGGUUCAUAGAAGCUUGCAUGCAUUUUUAUUCUCUCAGUCUAUUACCAGCUUAGUUUUCUAACUUCUGUCUGGGGAGAAGGUACUAAUGAUAACUUAUUCUAGAAGUUUGCUUUUUCUUAUAUUGGCUACAUUGUAUGUUUAAGGGAAUGGGGGCUGAAAUAUUAUCUUAAGUGAGGAAACUCAAAAUUAUUGGAUUUUAUGCUGCUAUAAAUUGGAAAUUGUAUUCUAAGUGCCUUAUCUUUGGAAAAGAAAGUACUCAUGGGUCCCUUUUAUACUCAUAUGUGGCCUCAUACUGAGUAACCUCACAACUGUGUAGAAUUACUGUCAUCACACAUACUCUCAUUUUUAACCAUAUUUCUUACUCUCCCUCUGUGAAGCAUCAGUAAAAGCACAUACGAUGUGUAUAUUUAAGGAUUUCUAUAUUAACACUGGAAAUCAUACUUUAUGAAGAUUGCUGGUUUUCAGAUAUAGUUGCAAUAGAAAAUGUAUAAUAACCCAGAGAAAUGGAACAUGGAAUUUAGUCAAUCUCAGAGAGAAAGGAUGAUGAAAAGGAUAUCUCUGGUUAAUGUCUUUUAUCUAAGAGAGCAGAGAGGGAAUCAAAAAAUGGAGAGCCGUAUGCACCCAAUUUGUAUUUCUGAAGAGUGGUCCAACACACACAGACACACACAGACACACACACACAUACUACAUUGAAUCAACUAUCUUUGCCAAAGAGCAGUCCAACAAUUGAAUCUAUUCCUGCUCCACUGACCACUCUUUCCUUAUCCUUAUCUGGAUCUGUCUCAGUUCCCUACUCAUGGCAAUAUGCAACCUCUCCCUCCCAAAUUCCUUGUCCUCCCAUUUGUUCAUAAACGCUUUCACUUAUAUUUCCACUUCCUAAUUCUAGAACUCAUGUCCAUGUGUAUCUUGGAACCUGUAUAAAUAACUGCAUUUUUGUGUCUCUAAGUACACAUGUAAAUUUUUCUGAAAGUAAAUUAUUUUGAUGUGUCUGUAUAUCUAUAUAUAUAUAUCUGUAUUCGAUGCACUGGGUUGGCAUGUAAAUAUAAAUGUUAUGUGUGUGAGCGGGAGGUGUGCCUGUAUCCUUAAGCUGACACACAAAGGUUAGUGGAAGAAUCCUGAAGUCCUUUUCAUUUGUCCCAUGUGUAGAUUGUUUCUCCUCUCUGUUUUAGUCAGUUUAGGAAGAUAUAAUAAAAAUUCCAGACACAGUAACAACAAAGUCUCCAAUGGAGACGUUACUGGGCCCGCUCGAGCAAAAUAAAAAUUCCAUACACUCUGUUGCUUAAACAACAGGAAUUUAUUUCUCAUGAUUCUGGAGUCUGGGAAAUCCAGGAUUGAGGUAUCACCAGAAUCUGGGUAGUUGGGUUAGGGCCCUUUUCCCAAUUUUCAAGCAGCUCCCUUCUUGCUGUAUCUCCACAAUAGAGAGCACUUAGGUCUUUCCCUCUUCUUAUAAGCAUAUGAAUUCCAUGAGGGGGGUGUGCUUCACCUUCAUGACUUUAUAUAAUCCUAAUUACCUUCCGAAGGUCCCACUUCUGAAUGCCAUAAUAUCAGGGAUAAAGAAUUCAACAUUAGAAACUUUGGCUACACAAACACUCAAUUCAUAGCAAUUUCCUUUACCUGAUUUUUUUCUGUAAACUUGGCUAGUUUUGCUGUUUUCACUCAGUGAACUCCUACUACAGUCCUCUCAGUUCCCUCCAGUUUUGGGGCGGCGGGGGGUUAUAGAUGAUUUUUUCAAAAAAUGAGGAUGGGUGAUUCUCUAAAUAAAUAUUAGUCAAUGACUCUCUUAUAAAUCCACUUGAGUAAGUAAGCACUGGAUAUAGGGUAAUAGAAAAUCAAUAAUGAACACAAAGAGAAGAUGAUCAACCUUUUCAGCAACUCCCUUGAACCAAAUGGAAACACACAGUAAGUAGCUUACUGAUUAUGUGAUUUUUCCUAAAACUAUCUCUUCACUGGAAUAUGCAGAAGUAUGCAAGUAUACACAACUUUAAAGAAUAUAUCAUGAGGUACUCGAGGUAAAAUCACCACUCUCUCCCACAUUAAUUUUCCUGAACUGACACUGAUGAUUGUGUUUCUCUGGGUUUUAGCAAAGUAUCUGUCAUUGUGUUCCUCUUACAGUACUGUUUUAAAGCGAAUUUUGGGAAAACUCAAUUCAUAUUUUGUGAUUUUUAGAUAUUAAAAAAUGUGUUGGAUAAAAGCAGCAAUGCAUUGGAAACAGAAUAAAGAAUUAGAAUUUCCAAUUAAAUUAUGUGUAGUGCUAAUGUGUAAAAUUUUAUGUG